AUGGCGGUGAACUGUGCCACGCUUAAUCAUUGUACUUACAAUUCCUUUACAGGAUCCUUGAUUUAUCCAAGUUCCAUCCCAAAUGCGGCCCGCACCGAAGUCCCACGACCCUCACAAUUUGGCAUAUCGGAUUUCGAGGAGUUGAUGAUCCCUACGCCUGAUGGCGAAAACCUUUCAGCCUUCUAUAUUCGAGCACCCAAAACAAGGUCGAGAAAGAAUGUCACAAUACUCAUGUUUCAUGGCAAUGCCGGAAAUAUCGGUCAUCGCAUACCCAUCGCGAGAAGAUUCAUAAACAUUGUAGGAUGUAGUGUUUUGAUGCUGGAAUAUCGGGGUUAUGGCCUCUCUACUGGAUCACCGGAUGAGAAAGGUCUCAUGAUAGAUGCGCAGACUGGUUUUGACUAUCUUCGAAAAAGAGCAGAGACGAGGGAUAAUGAUAUCGUAAUCUAUGGACAGAGUCUUGGAGGUGCGGUAUCGAUACAACUAGUGGCUAAAAAUCAGAACGAAAAAAGAUUAGUGGGUCUAAUUUUGGAAAAUACUUUUCUAUCCAUGAGAAAGUUAAUUCCUUCUGUCAUUCCACCUGCCAGAUAUCUUACCUAUCUAUGCCAUCAAAUCUGGCCAUCAGAUACAUACCUCCCUACCAUUACCGAAGUUCCCAUUCUCUUCAUUAGCGGUCUCCUGGAUGAGAUUGUACCUCCUAGCCAUAUGCGCCGCCUCUUCGAGAUCUGCCAAUCCCCUACUAAAAUCUGGAAACCUCUCCCUGGUGGUGACCACAAUUCAAGCGUCGUCGAAAUUGGAUAUUUCGAUGCAGUAGCCGAUUUCGUCGAUAACCUAGAUACUAAACACGGUUAG